UCCACUCGAAGUGCCAUUCGUAUUCACAGACGCGAAUCGGCACUCACUCGAACUCGAGAUUCCGUUCUCCACUCCAACAAGCUUGAGGACGUCUGGGAGCGAGAUUAUAGCCAAAGGUUUUAUUUAAAACACCAUUUUUACGUGAAAAGUAAAUAUAUUCGUUCGUGUUAUCUAAAAACGUGUACCAUACAAACAUCGAAUUAGUGAACUACGAAGUUUUAUUAAGGCAGCGUAAAGUUUAGACGUGUUUGAGCGGCAAAACGGACAAAGUCGUUACCUUGUCUGGCAACAAGCGCAUUCGCUAGCUGCGUGUGUCGUUCUCUCGUCGACAGUCGUCUAUCUCACGGUUUGUCGAUUUCGUCUCGUUUUUUCUUGCUUUCGCCGCCCUUUGUCUACCGUGCAGCCCUGCUUCGUCGCCUCGCCGCCUCGCCGCCUCGCACGACAAAUCAUGGAGGACCCCAACGGCAACGACUCAGAAAUGGCCGAUACCGAAGAGCGGGCAGGGGCUCGUUUUAUUUAUACUGCGGAGGAGAAGGCGCUCCUCCAAGCGCUCGUAACGAAACAUGCGCGAGUUCUUGAAAACAAGAAGACAAAUAACUACUCGAAGGAGGCUAAACUUAAAGCUUGGGAGAAACUCAGCACCGAGUAUAACAGCCAGCCAAACGUCCGCCCACGAAGCGCUAAGCAACUCAAGAAGCGUUGGGAGAACGAAAAAUCCAGAUACAAAAAAACCAAGUCCGACGAGACGAGAGACAUCCACGCCGCGGGAGGUGGGCCACGAACAAGCCGGCCGAUGAGCCCCUCACUCAUUCUUGUGGGAGCGGCGGCAGACCACAUGGAGACAGUGGUGACAAAUCUCUGCGACAGCGACAGGGCAAGAGACCGGCCAGUGCUGUCGCUGCCUCCGGCUGCAAUGUUUGAAGCAAUGGUGCGAGGCACUGAAGGCAAUGACAAUCACGCCUGCUGGAACGACGUGCCAGAUGCUCCUGAUCCGUCCGCCUCACCUCUCCAAGACAGCAGCGUUGGAGCUGCUUGUGUGACUCCGCCGGCAAGGAGCAUUACCUGCCCCCGUGCUGAGCUGCCAAGCGGGGCAUCCAGAAGAACUGGAAACCGCAUCGCAGCACUGGAGCGGAUCAUGGCUCCCGAAAAAGAGGCCCGUGUAGACAUCCUCGAGAGGGAAGAUCGGCGGAAGGAGGCGCAACAUUUAAUGCAAAUGCGCAUACUCCGCAACAAGCUUUUUGAGCAGCGACGACGCGGACGGGCAGAGUUCCAGCUGCUCCAGCUGGAGAGAGAGAUAAAGGUGGAGCAGCUGGCAGCCCUGCGCUGCAAGCUACAAGGGUGUGGAAAUCACAAUUAAAUUUGGGUUCUUUCAGUUUAAAAGCAUUCCGAGGAUUUACUUAUUUAUUUUAUGUGCGCUACAUUGUAGUGAAACGAUAGAACCUAAUGUGUUUUGCAUAUUCGGAAGUUGAAUGAAACAGCACACUACAAUUGAAGGGAAGGGUAGGUCUUUCGUUAGCUCUGUGCUGGCCACAAGUCUUUCCCAGAAUAUGUUAGAUUGACCAAAUACGCGGAAUUGGAUUUGAAAAUCAAUUUAUUCGAGCGCUUACUACUGAAUUCGUGUCCAAGUAUUUGCACGAGUCAGUGACGGGUCAAGAACAGAGUACAAGCUGGAGAUGAGAAGUAGGAUGGAAGCUUUAAGUGGAGAGGAGGUUUCUCCUCUCCACCUCAAGCUUCUGUCUGCUUCCUCCUCUCCAGCUUGUACACUAUCCUUGACCUGUCAUUGACUAUAAACGUGUGCUACUGGUUGAAUAUCCCUAUUGGAAACACAGUGCGAUGAUCUGUGUGCGUUUCAGUGAGCCGUUGAUUGUGUCGACAGGGUCUGGAGGUGAUGGCAGUACAUGAGGACGCAGCCGCCUCCGGCGUCGGGGUACUGGUGGAGAGGGUAGAGCAGGUGGGCAUGGCUCUUUUCGCAGCAGGGCCAGGUUGUGCAGUGCAGCACAGGCGGUGAUGAUGAGGGCUGACCGUUCCGCCUUGUACUGUAGCCGCAUGUCCAGGCAUGGGAAGCGUCGCUUGAACACUCCAAAUGCCCGUUCGACCGAGUUCCUUGUUUUUAGGUGAGCUGCUUGGUACCUAUAUGGUGCAGCAUUGGUAAUGGAAGCAACGUUGCAAGAUAACGGUCUUCAGGUGUAAAAAUCGCCAUUGCUGCAACCAUCAGUAUGGUUCAGUAACCUGUACAGUGCGGCCCAUCCAUGCUAGCUGCAUUUUCGGCAUUUUCUAUUGCUUACCAGAGGCUACUGUUCUGCAUACAGUGGUUUUGGCUGGUGUUUUCUACAUUACCGUCUUAAUUCAAGUUCUUGGCCCUAGUCCAAUUCUAGUGACAAAAAGCAACAAUUGACACCGACUAACUGUGACGAGGAAGAACAACAAAUGUUCUCGAGGAAAAUAAAAAUAGAACUAAAAUGUUGUAUGCUACAUACUUUUGAAACAAAAAUUUGUCCACAGGAAGUGAAUAAUGCCAGCUUUUUUUGCCAUACAAAGGCUUAAAGGUCAUGAAUCUAGCUGUGACAAAGAUUUGCAGAACUAAUAGUAACCAAUAGGAACACUGUGGCUACAGCAUCACUUCUUGUUAGCUGUUCUGAAUUUCAUGCCAUUAUUUCUUCCAACAAAUUAGU